AUGUCUUCAGACGAGCAAAAUAUACCGCAAAACUCGAGUGAAUCUGUUUUGCCUGUAAUUAAUGAGAGCCAAAGUGAACCAAAUGUCGAGAAUGAUAGCGAAAGUCGUGAGAAAUGCGGCGAAAAUAAGUCGUCGGAUGAGAUGACAGCCAACGACUCGCAGACAACUCUAUGCGCUCCUCCGCGACGAAAGUUUACACGAAUUGGUUCUUUGCGCAGGACUUACAUCCCUGACAGCACUGACACCACUGAUACCAAUGAUACCCAAUUGAUGCCUCGAUGCUAUCAAAAGCCAAUCUGCGAAAGUUUGCCACAAACUCACGACACUCUUAAUGACGACAAUAAUGUGACUCUUGUUGUGACCCAAUGUGAGCCAAACAGCGCUAAUGAUAGCAAAGAUUUGUCGCCAAAUGUGGACAACAAAUGCAAACACUUAAGAGAAGAUUGCAGUGAAUGUGUGUCCACUGAUCCAAAAGGGACGCACUCGAGCCAGAGUUGUAUCCGUCGGCCAAACGCACCGCAAAAUGGUUUGAAUCCAUUUGAGGAGCGAUUAAUGCGAACAAUGAGACGAUGGAAGAGCCGAUGGUUUACAUCGGAUGAGGCGAAAGCCACCCGAAAGCGAAGAUUUAACCGAAUCCUGUAUUACUUGAAAGUCUUUUUAACGCAUUUGUUUUCGACAACCGGUCUGUGUCUGCUUGUGAUCGCCUACACCUGUGUCGGCGCCUUCAUCUUCACAUACCUCGAGUCCAAACACGAAGUACAGACACAAAACGAUAUCGAAAAACAGCGACAAGAGUUCGCUGUAGACCUCUGGAAUCAAACCAAUAAUUAUAAUGUUUUAUAUCCAGAGAAAUGGAUAAAUGAGACACAAAUUAGACUCAAGAAGUUUGAGGAAAUCAUUGUGAAAGCUGUCAGAGAAGAUGGAUAUGGAGGCUCUUCAGAGCAGUGGACUUUUUCGGGGGCCCUCCUCUACAGCGUCACCGUUAUUACUACUAUUGGGUACGGGAACGUGACCUGUAAGACCGAUUUGGGACGGAUAGUGACAAUGAUAUACGCGUUGUUGGGCAUACCGGUGAUGUUCCUGUGUUUGGCAAACUUAGGCAAUUUGAUGGCUCAGACAUUUCGGUUCAGUUACAAACGACUGUGUUGUCUGUGUUUCUGUUGCUGUGAGAAAGUGUCCACAAAAUACAAUCACAAACAUAAGCCUCAGAAAGAGAAGAUUGAACUGAAAAAUUGCGACAAAAACUUUUGUGCCGACAGUGAGAAGAAAGUGGAAGUGAUUUUCAGUGAGAAUGACGACCAAAAAGUGCGAUCAAUAAUAGCGUUGACGGCGUCCACACCUCCGACCACUUCUGUCACGUCAUCGCAAGCGUCCAGUCCUUUGCGAUCGUUUCCCUCAAACCCAUUACACAGUGAUCUGAAUCAGCAAAACAACGAUUUAGUGGUCAUUCAGGAGACAAUUGAAGGCAACGACGACAGCGAUAGGGUUCCCAUAUGGCUGGUCAUCCUUCUGGUCAUUAGUUAUAUAAUGGCCGGCGCUUUCAUGUUCUCGCUGUGGGAGGAGGGGUGGGGUCCUCUGGAGGGCGCCUACUUCUGCUUCACCACACUCACCACCAUAGGGUUCGGCGAUCUGGUGCCCGGAUCUGCCAAAUACUCGGACAAUAAGGAGGAGCAGACAAAGUUUAUCAUAUGCUGCGCCUACCUAAUAGUGGGCCUCUCAUUGCUGGCCAUGUCUUUCAAUUUGGUUCAGGAAGAGAUUGUCAUCAGAUUCAAAGAGUUGGGCAAACGUAUGGGUAUUAUUCCUCAACACAAAACCGAGUUUAAUAAAACUAAUUCUGUUUGA